CGAGAAGGGAGCUGUCCGAUCCGCCCGGGUUUUGAGCAAUCAGCCGCACGACAAGCGCGAAACUUUGCCCAGUCGCCCGCUGUAGAGUCUGGGGCGCGUGCGCUCGCCGCGUUGGUUGCUGGUUGGCGGAAGGCUUUUGCGUCAUACAAGGGGGCUGAGGCGUCGCACAAGGGUGCCAAGCAUGCCCGCAAAUCCAGGAACGCGCUCCGCAGCAAGAGGCAGCGACUUGCUGCCGCUCCGUGUCCAAGGAAGAGUGGGGGGCGGGCAGCAGACUGCGUGGCCCCGCUUGCGGGCCAAAGGCCGGAUGGAUGCAGAGGAUCGACGCACGUCUCGGCCAAUGGGCCGCGCCUGAAUUUCUCUGCGUGCAAAAACGGGGCGGAUUACCGACGUCGGGGACUGGGGCCGCGAUGUCACCGCGCAGAUUCUUAGUCGCGCGCCCGCCGCCCUUGCAGUGUUCGGGCAGCGCCGUCCGGCAUCCACUAUAGAGGGAUCGGGGGGCGCCUUCAAACGAGACGGGGGGCCGCGGAUUUGGUUCAGGGGAAAUCGGCGCGGCCGGGCAUUCGGCAAAGCCGGCGGAGCCCAAGUUCCCACCUGCCCCGGGGCUUGGCGGUCUGCCGCCUCCGGUUCCAGCUUCUUCGCCGGGCGGCUUGUCUCUGCCGGCCUCGUUUUCGGGCGGGCCGCUGCAGAAGCGGCCGCGGGGGAACGAUGCGGACCGAUGCCGGGUAGCUAUACAGAUCAACCCCCGGGGCGGGGGGCGCCGCUUCUUUGCCUGUCCACCCGCCCGGCUUCAAAAUACGAGGGGCCCCGCGCAGCAGCUACGUGGGGGCCCGUUCUUCCGCUGCCGCUCAGCAAUGCUCGCCCCAGGCGAAGGCGGCGCCGCUUAACUGUUUGGGCCCGGCCCGCGGCCCGAUGUGCUUGGCCCAAGGCCAGGCUGGGCCAGCCCACCUCCAGGGCUGGCUCACCUCCAGGCCGGCGGCGUUUACUGGUUGCGCGCGCGCCCGGCGGUUGCUGCGGCCCCGGCCGCGGCUUACCCUUCCUGCGCCCGCCCGCGGCUUUUCUGUGUCCCGGUACGUGGCCCGCAACGGAGGGAUGCGCUUCUUGCAGUAGGUUCAGUCUGCGCCCACUCCUGCCUUCAAUGCUUUGCUGAAAAG